AUUUUAAUAAAAACUCCCAGUUUCUGUUCGUCCAAGAUUACUACUAUUGUAGUUCGAUUCUAGGGUUUAUCCACUCAAUCGUUUUGCUCGUCUUUCAAAGUUUUCCAGAAUCAGUUUAUUUGUAUACGUGGUACGAUUAUGAAUCGGUGAAAUGCAUGCGGAUGAAAGAGAAAGUGAAGAUAAGAAGAUAGAUAAGGAUGAACUUCUGUAGUAGUUAGUGUAUUUGAGACUGGAAAAUGUUAAAUUACAAACUUAGAUUUUUCUAGAAUUCCGAUCGAAAACGUGGCAAUUCAUUUGGGCGCGGCGUAUUACGCGUGUACUCAUUUGAUUUCUCACCGAACCAGAGCUUAUCUGUUUUAAGAUGUCCAGAAUUAUGUUGUUAGCUAGUGCGAACAUCCUCCCCUUCAGUUUCACUUCUCUUCCCCUCAAAAUCUCCUGCUAUAAAACCAGGCCUUCAGUUUAUUACCAUUAUCCAAAACCCAGAAUUGAAUCUCUAGCCAAUUCAUUCAACAGACCCCCCUUUCCCAAAAGGGUUUUCAUGCCGAUACUCCGGAGCUCAGUCGAAACCCAGGAUCCCCAAGACCCAAUUGUGGAGAAAGAAGAAGAAGCUUCAUUGAAGAAGAAGAACAAGAAUGGGGAUGAUGAUGAUGAAAAUGGAGAGGGUCGGGAUUGGACGACAUCUAUUCUCUUGUUCUUACUCUGGGGUGGGAUUAUGUAUUAUGUCUUCAACCUUGCACCAAACCAGACCCCGUCAAUGGAUAAGUACUUUUUGAUGAAGCUACUGAACUUGAAAGGAGAUGAUGGGUUUGUAAUGAAUAAGGUUCUUGUUUCUCUUUGGUAUAUGAUGGGUUUAUGGUCUGUAACAUACUCCAUGUUAUUACUCCCAACAGGUAGAAGUUCAAAAGGUAAAGCAGCAUCAAUUCCAAUAUGGCCGUUCCUUGUACUGUCGUUCUUUGGGGGUGCAUACGUUCUGAUUCCAUACUUUGUUAUCUGGAGUCCGCCAGCUCCAAAGGUUAAAGAAGAUGAAGUUAAAAGAUGGCCUCUCAAUGUUACGGAAUCGAAGAUCACUGCUGGAAUAACACUUGGUGCAGGACUUGGCCUAGUCAUUUAUGCAGGUUUAGCUAAUGGAGAUGGCUGGAAAGAAUUCUACCAAUAUUUCAGACAGAGCAAACUUGUUCAUGCUACUUCUAUGGACUUCGCACUACAAGCCGUGUUUGCUCCUUUUUGGGUCUACAACGACAUGACAGCUAGAAAAUCGUUGGAUAAAGGAAAAUGGCUGCUCCUGUUGUCCCCGGUUCCAUUAUUGGGUCCUUUGAUUUAUCUACUAUUUAGGGCUCCAAUUACAUCAACACCUCUUCUGUCGACUCCAUCAUCAUCAUAUACUGAUCGUGAUAAAACAGAUUGAGUGGGUAUUCUUGAUUUUGGGGGUUACAUGAAAGGUGGUGGCAGCAGCAGUAGGUGAUGUUGUGAAAUCAAAAUAAACAAGUUUCUUGAACAGAAAUAAACCUGAGUCUUGUAAUUAUAUUUCAAUAAUAUCAGUUUUCCAUCUUAUUUUUCUUCA